AUGUCCCUAACGACACCCACGGACAUUUCAGUCCAGAUCAUUGUCCCCAACGACACAAGCCCUAAUUCAUUACCGCUUCUCUCUGCAGAGAGACGCAUAACACCGUCGUGGACAAUAUCACAACUGAAAAGCAAACUUGAGCCCGUCACUGGCAUUCCAUCACCCAGCCAAUCCCUUCGGACCAAAAGCAUCGACGGCACAUGGAUCCACUUCGCCGACGGCGCCUCUCUCGUUGGGGACGCCCGCUACGCACUUCGCAAAGGCUCCGAGAUCGAGGUCUACGACACCAGGCCGCCCGGUGUGCGCCAGACCUUCAACUUCCAGGAUCUCAGCAGUGUCGAAAAGUACCAGAUGCCGGAAUCACAGUACGCCCAGCUCGACGAUUCGGUCCUCGCGUGGAAGCGGCGCCAGCGGCUCGGCAGAUUCGACCCCAAUGCCAAGUCUGCGGAGGAACUGGCCGUGGAGAGGCUGCGCCAUGACCGGGACAUGCUGCUGAGCAAAGGUAUCGAGGUCGGGUUGAGGUGCAGGGUUGGAGACGACGACUCGAGGCGAGGCACGGUCAGAUCCGCCGGCGAGAUCCCAGGGCUGGGCGGAGCGAGGGAGGCGGGUUGUGUCUGGGUCGGCGUCGAACUUGACGAGCCAGUCGGCAGAAAUGAUGGUUCGGUCAGUGUCGAGACUGGAGAUGGCGACCACCAGCUCAAGCGUGUCUUUGAAUGCAAGGACAAGUAUGGUGUGUUGGCGCGCCCGGAGAAGAUUCAGGUGGGCGAUUUCCCGCCCUUGGACGAUCUCUUAGGCGAUGAUAUGGAGGAAAUUUGA